AGGCUGAUGUUAAAACUAGGACCCUCUUCGUCACCCGAUAGUUCUUCGGUUUGUAAAAUCACUGUGCCAUUCGCACUCGGUGGUAUCUCAGUACUUCCUUAAUCUCUAGAAGCAACUACAGCUAACCGGAAAGAAAAUGUCCACACACAAAUACGAAGUCGAGUAUGCCAAGAGCGGCCGAGCCGCGUGCAAGGCGUGCAAGGGCAAAAUCGACAAGGACGCGAUCAGGAUAGGGUACAGCCAGGACGUUCCAGCUGGCGACGAUGGGGUGAAAAAUUACGCGAUGAUGGGCGUUAAAUGGUACUUUUCUAUUUGCGUAGUUGAGAAGAAGCUAUAAUGUCAUCUGAUGUAAAAAGAGGAGAGUGCAUAUAUGCUACUAAAUACGCAACGUUUUGUCAUUUAUGCGUGCAUGUUAAUGUUAAUCCUCGACAAACUGAAAACCGGGUGUCAAGAGAAUGCUGUGAUACAGAUACGCAGAAAAUAUUUGAGGCUUGGCUAAUAUGCGCCGUCGUGCUCAUCGCCAAUUAUAACAACUUCACAACUUCACAACUCAUCGCCAGCAAGCACUCACAACUCCACAACUGUCGAGAGGUAGACCACAUCCACUACAUCAAAGGUAUCACAUCCACUGCUUUCCCAAGAUGAAGGGUCCGAAAUGGAUGAAGGAGAACCUCUGCGUUUUGGAUGACAUAAAGGGUUUAGAAGCCGUGAAGCCUGAGGACCGGAAAAAGAUGCAGGAGCUAUGGGAAGCCUUAGUUUCAGCAGACACCAGCACUGCUAUGAAGUCACCGAUGGGCAAGGCAGGCGGUGUAAAAAGGCCUGCGGAGACGUCGUUGGCGGAUUUGAUGGAGGUACUCGUACUGACUAGUCGUGAUAUACUUCUCGAAAACUGAAAAUAAGCGAGUUACUGACUGAAGUAAAAGAGUCUUGCCUACAUUUCUCUUCAUUUUUCAGUACCUCGCUUAGUUUAACAAGUAGUUACUCGGUUAUUUCAGUUUGUCGAAUGAUCAUGCUGGAGUUGAUGUCCAACACUGGUGUAGAUAGAAAUGGCAGAGAGCGCCUUUCCAUGAGAUAGAGAUUUUGUUACGCAAAUGAAUCAAUCCGUAUUUUUCAUCCUCGGAGCGCAGAUCCAGGUGCCGGAGCUCGAUGCGCAGGAUGCACAAACUAAGUUAACCUACAACUAGGACUACGAUAGCGCAUUAUUUCUCUAACCACUUGCUACACCCACCUCAGAACCAAGGCGUUCUCUCCGAUGCAGAAUAUGCUGCCAUUAAGGAGGUUAAGGGUGAGAUUGCAAAGAAGAGUGUCGCACAGCUGGCUGAGAUGCUCUCGCGCAACGGCUUACCUAAAAAUGGGCCUAAAAUGGAGCUCAUAGAACGAGUUGCUGAGAAUCGAGUGCUUGGUGUUUUGCCUAGAUGUCAAUUAUGCCCUGAAGAGAAGGGUCGGUUACUUUGGAAUCGAGCAGAUGGGAAAAUAAGUUGUCAGGGUAAUAAUGUUAGUACUUUCAUUUCUUUAGAACUUCAUCGAUCAUUUUCUUUUUGGAUCGCGUUUCGUGUCUAGGAUUUUCCACCAAGUAGCUGGACCUGCAUCACGUCUAUCUUCCAAGGAUAAAAUUUGUGACCUGUCUAGAAAAGGUGCAAAAAAUCUCCAUUUCUUCCUAUCAUACAGGUUAUUUUGACGACGUGGUGCAGCGCCGAGUGCGGUGCAAAGGGCCAGGGGCGGACGCGAAAAUCGAACGGAAAAAAUGGCUGAUGCAAGAUCCGGCACAGUAAUUCUGAUGGCUGACGAGUCUCACGGAAAAAAUGGCUGACGAGUCUAAGAUGCUGUCGUUGGCCAUUUUUCUGUUCCAUGGUCACUCAGCUUGUUCUCAAAGACAGCAUAUUAAACAUGUGGCUCUGCGUGUUUUCUCAUUCUGCUCAGCACACACUGUCUGGAAAAAGAAACUUCUCUCAUCAUCAUACGCAAAUAAACGUCGCAGUUGUUGUUGAACAAAAACAUGAUGAAACGGUCGCCCACUGUAUUCCCUACCAGUAGAAUUUUUUAUGUGCCGUAGAAUUCUCUAUUCCGCUAUGCUCUGUAGAAGGGCGUUGGUCUAGU